AUGGCGCCCGGCACCCCCACUCGCGGGAGGGCGCGGCCCGGGAUGAAUGGGCAGCCGGCCUUUGUGGCCGCGGCGCACGUGGGCCCGGGACGGCUGGGGCGGGCCGGCCAUGUGGCGGCGGGCGGCCGGGUCACCAGUCCGUCCUUGCUUUGCAGAACCAUCACGAUGGCCGCCCAAGGAGAACCCCAAGUCCAGUUCAAACUCGUGUUGGUGGGUGAUGGUGGUACUGGCAAAACGACGUUCGUGAAACGUCACCUGACUGGUGAAUUCGAGAAGAAGUAUGUAGCCACCUUGGGUGUGGAGGUCCAUCCUCUCGUGUUCCACACCAACAGAGGACCGAUUAAAUUCAAUGUGUGGGAUACAGCUGGCCAAGAAAAAUUUGGGGGACUGAGGGAUGGCUAUUAUAUCCAAGCCCAGUGUGCCAUUAUAAUGUUUGAUGUAACAUCGAGAGUUACCUACAAGAACGUGCCUAACUGGCAUAGAGAUCUGGUUCGAGUAUGUGAAAACAUCCCCAUUGUGUUGUGUGGCAAUAAAGUGGACAUUAAGGACAGGAAAGUUAAGGCAAAAUCCAUCGUUUUCCACCGAAAGAAGAAUCUUCAGUACUACGAUAUUUCUGCCAAAAGUAACUACAACUUUGAAAAGCCUUUCCUUUGGCUUGCUAGAAAACUAAUUGGAGACCCUAACUUGGAGUUUGUUGCCAUGCCUGCUCUUGCCCCACCAGAAGUUGUCAUGGACCCAGCUUUGGCAGCACAAUAUGAGCACGAUUUAGAGGUUGCGCAGACAACUGCUCUCCCGGACGAGGAUGACGAUCUGUGAGAAAACGAAGCUGGAGCCCAGCGUCAGAAGUCUAGUUUUAUAGGCAACUGUCCUGUGAUGUCAGUGGUGCCGCGUGUUUGCCACUUUAUUAUCUAGCUAAGCAGAACAUGUG